AUGAAGACGGCUACUCUGCUUGCCUUCAUUAUCCCUCUGCUCUCAUUACCGGGUACCCGGGCUAGUGGUGGUCUCUUGGGUACCUGGAUUGAGCAUGUUUGGAACGAUUUCAAGGAAGCCGUGGAUUGUGGAACAUGUCAGGCAUUGCUUGGGGGACUCCAACUAGUUGCCGGAUUCGGAGAAGACUUUUUGAAGGAUGUCUUGAUCGGCGUCUGUGAUAUCAGUCAUGCUGAGGAUCCAGAUGUCUGCGCCGGGAUCAUAAGGAGUGAAAUUCCUGGUGUGUACUACGCCCUUGGAAACAUACACGUCGGGUCCCACUCGGCCAAAACUCUCUGCUCUGCACUCGUUGGUCUCUGCGACUUUCCAGACGUCCGUCCCUAUGACUUGAAAUUUCCCUCCGCUCAACCAGCCAAAGAGCGUCCCCCUCCGAGUGGUAAAGCCCCCAUUCAAGUCGUUCAUUUCACCGAUACGCAUGUCGAUCUGUCCUACGAAACUGGUUCCAACUACGAGUGUACCAAGCCAAUCUGCUGCCGCACUUACGAGACUCACGAUGCCCCUGGUGUCACGGCUGACCCAUGUGGUCCAUUUGGAAACACCAAGUGUGACCCUCCUGAGAGGCUGCAGGAGAGUAUGAUGACCGCCAUCGCCAACCUCGAGCCCGCCUUUUCAAUCUAUACUGGGGAUGUUGUCGCACAUGAUGUCUGGCUUGUUGACAAGGCCGAGGUUCUGGAAGACUUCAAUAACACCUACGGCACGAUGCAAAGGCACCUUGGACUUGUCUAUGCUGCCAUGGGAAAUCACGACACCGCUCCGCUCAACCUUCUCCCGUCCAACAAGUUACCAAGCAAAUAUAGUCCUCAGUGGGCAUAUGAUGCCCUGUCGUCCGACUGGCUGGCACUCACUGGCGCUGACAGUGUUAAGAAUGCGAACAGAUACGGCUCCUACUCUGCUGUGCAUCCAAACGGCAGGCUCCGAAUUAUAUCCUACAACAGCAUCUUCUACUACAAGUACAACUUCUUCUCAUACACAGAGCCAAUGGAGUACGAUCCAAACGGCCAACUCGCCUGGCUGAUUAGCGAGCUUCAAUCUGCUGAGGAUGCCGACGAACGUGUCUGGUUGAUUUCGCACAUCCCAUCGGGAGACGUUGACCACUUUCGUGACCACUCGCAUUACUUUGAUCAGAUCAUUCAACGCUACGAGGCGACCAUUGCCGGGCUGUUCUACGGACACACUCACAUGGAUGCCUUUCAACUGUCAUACUCCGACUACAAUAACCGCAAUUCCGACACUGCGAAAGCUGUCGGCUACAUCGCACCAUCCAUGACGCCCACAUCGGGCCCGCCUUCGUUUCGCGUCUACGAAGUCGAUCCCGAAACAUUUGCUGUAAUGGACCUUACCCAGUACAUUGCCGAUAUCGCCAAGCCGGAUUUCCAGGUCAAGCCAGAGUGGGUGCCUUAUUACUCCGCAAAGAAAGAUUAUGGCAGCAAGCUUUCCCCUCCGACGCCAGACUCGGCUGAGCUCACCCCCGCGUUCUGGCACAACAUCACCGUCGCGAUGGAGCGGGACUCUUCCGUCUUUCAUGAUUACUGGGCGAGACGAACUCGAGGCUACAAAGUAUCUUCAUGCUCUGGGGAAUGCGAGAAGAAUCAGAUCUGUGCUCUGCGCGGAGCAGACGCACAGCACAGCUGUGCGAAGCGGACCCCGGGGCUCAGCUUGUCGAAACGUAGUGGCGUGAAUACCGAGCAGAAUCACCCGUUGCUGAGCAAAAGAUUCCAGCCGGAGUGUAACCACGCUGGCAUGGCACCGCUGCUGGCAAAGAUUGCAUAUCGAUCUCAAUUGGCCAAGGCGAACGGCCGAGACUCCCCCUCUCCCUGCCCCUCUCCUUCUCUAUCUGAUGGCCCAACCGAGAAAGUUGUGGACCUGCAAGCCCCAGCAUCACCGAAGGCCUCGACAUCAUGCAUCACAGACACUGGAAAGCGAGAUCUCUGGCUAGAGGCCUUUCUAAGACUGUCAGACGAGUCGCAGAAGCAUCUUCAAAAACGGGGAAUGGACACCAAUUGUACAGUGUCCAUGAUCGAGCAGCUAAAAUCCUUCCGUCAACAAGCUGAAAGAGUUCGAGACCAAAGCAUUGCCAGGGAUUGGAAUGUUAAGAUCGGAAAUUAUGAAUUCCCGCUAAGAAAGACAACCGUCAAGAUUGUACAGUGGGCCCAAAAAAUCGGGGACGUGGCUGUACAGUUCUCCCCGUCUCCUGGAGCUGGUGUGUGGGCGGUGAUCAGUUCGAUAUUGCAGGAAGUGCAAACAUUUGACACAGAAAAAGCCGCAUUGCUCUCAGUGGUCGAUCAAGUUUCCGGUGCCAUCUUCUGCAGUGAAGUCUACUAUGAGAUCUACACAGUGGAGCGGACAGGGCGUAGAGACGUGGUGGACAAGUUGCACGAUCAAUUACGCGAUCUUUAUCUGUGUAUUCUCAAUGUUCUGCUCGCAUCUACACGUCUCUCACGCAACACUGUGGUUCAAUUUUGUCAGGCAAUCUUUGAUGCGGAAAAGCCAUCAGAGAUGUUAUCUGAAAUGCAAGAUCGAGAACAGAGCGUGGCCAAGAUGGCCUCGUACUGUGAGGCCACAGCUCAUGCUCAUUAUGGUACUCAAUUUCGGACGUAUCUUCAAACGGCCGACGAGCAUCUUCAUAUAAUCAGACACUCCCUUGAUCAGCUGGUGCAGUCAGUUCAUCAGCAAGAACGGCGCGAUAUUCUUGAAUGGAUUUCCAAGAUCCAAUAUGGUCGACACCAUGAUGAGAUCGACGAGAAACGCAAACCAGGGACCGGCGAGUGGCUGCCCAAGGACGAAAAAGUAGAGCAGUGGAUGCACUGUGAAUCCUCCGGCAUCCUCUGGUUGCAAGGAACCCCUGGCACUGGCAAGACAUUCUUGACCUCGGCCUUGAUCAAAAACAUCAAGGAGACAAGAAAAUCCCCGACAGAAGGGUUCGCGUUCUUCUUCUGCAAAAGGGACGAAUCUGACCGGCGCAUGGCCCUCCCUGUCCUUCGAAGUAUUGUGCGUCAGCUUGCCGCCCCCAUAACGGAUGGCGAAGGGAUCCGAAAGAGCCUCCGGGAAGCCAGGGCGCAAAGCAUAAAUGAGGGCUCUCAACUCGGCUUUCGAGGAUGUGACGAGCAGCUUCUGGAGUCUGUCAAGUUGUACUCGACGACUCUCAUUGUUCUUGAUGCUUUGGACGAAAUGAUUGACGAGGAGCUCAUCACUCUGAUAGACCAUCUGAAUGACCUCAUAUGCAAAACGAGGGACCAUAGUGUUGUGAAGCUCUUCGUCUCGAGUAGACCCGAGAACAACAUCGCCAGCAUGUUCAAGUUGAUCCCGAGCAUUGAAAUCAAUUCCAAAGACAACAAAGCUGAUAUUCAGAAAUACAUUGAAGAAGAGGUGGAGGCUUUCAAGAAAAGAAACCCCGAGUCGGAAGUGAAUGAAGUAAUGGACCAGAUCAUCAGCGGCAUCCUGGAGAAGUGUGACAAAAUGUUUCUCUGGGCCGCUCUUCAACUGCAACAGGUGUUGAAAUGCGAUACAAAAGAAGCUGUGAAAGAAGCGCUGCAAAAGCUUCCACCAGGCUUGGAUGACACAUACGAUCAAAUCUAUUCCGAGAUUCAGACCCGCCAAAAUCAUGAGCAAACCAUUGCCGAAAAUGCCAUCAGAUGGGUGAUGUGCGCACCUUAUCCGCUGCCUAACAGAGUUCUCUUGACGGCUGUCCGGAUAUUCAGCGAAAAUGGACAAGUUAGUACCAAAGAUGUUGUGCGGGAAAGUACGUUACUUUCGAUCUGCCAGAACAUUUUGGUCCUUGAUUCUGCUGGCAAAUGGCGAUUUUCGCAUCUCUCAGUCCGUGAAUACUUCGAGUGCCAUCACGUUACUUAUCAUUUCGCACUUUCGCACUGCGUUCGCAUUUGCUUCCAGAGCCUACACAAAAUUUACGACGCUUCGGAGGGUUUCAAUAAGUUUACGAGUGUCAAGUACAAGCAAUCUUCAUCCACUGACGAGAAUAUAUUUGAUCCCGAGAAUGAAUUCUCAGUCCACCUCAGCGAAGAGUGGCCUUUUUACGCAAACCUGCUAACUGAGGAUUCUCCGGAAACGAUUUUUGUCAAACAGUGGCUUGGCUCCCUUGACAAAAGCAGUCCUUCCUACACUCGCUGGGUCAGACAACCCCCGCGGAAAUUGCGAUAUCAGUCCCCGCAGUUCCGUCGCUUCAGGGAAGACCUCAGCCCAUACGACACGCCCAUUUUUUCAAUUGCCUCUUUUUCGCUCUAUGAGCUUUUGAGAAAAUGGUUCGAGAAUCGGCGCAUUGACCCGUAUCGGAGAAACGAAAGGUCCCAAAGUCUUCUCGAGAUUACCGCCAAAGUGAAUUGUCUACCUUUCUGCGAAUAUCUCGUUUCAUGUGGAGUCUCUCCAAGCACGAUUUACGACCAGGUCUCGUUUAGUAACGCAAUCGAUUGGGCCGCUGUGAACAACAAUGUCACCCUUUUACAGCGGCUUGUUUGCGCAGCUGGAGUUCAAAUUGACCUUCUCCCUCAAACGAGCUGGAAUGGGACCGCCAUCGCCGCCGCUGCGUGCAAGGGGAAUCUUGAUGUUGUCCGGUAUCUUGUUGAAGAAGGUGGCGUCGACGUUGACUUUCUCCAUCAGGUGGGACAAUAUGGAAGUGCACUUGCCGCUGCUGCGUGCAAGGGCAACCUCGAUAUUGUGCGGUAUCUCAUUGAAGAGUGUCAAGCCAAUGUCGAUCUUAUACUCCAGGCAGGAAGUCAUGGAAGUGCGCUUGCCGCUGCUGUGCACUCGGAAAAUCUUGACGUUGUGCAGUAUCUGGUGGAAAAGGCACAUGCAACGGUUGAUCUUCUCCUGCAGGUGGGGUAUUAUGGAAGUGCACUCGCCACUGCUGCAUACAGGAAAAAUACUGAAAUUGUGCAAUACCUCGUGGAAGACUGCAAAGCUGAUGUGAAUCUCCUACUCUACGCUGGAGAAUACGGAAGUGCACUUACCGCGGCUACAUGUCAUGGAAAUCCCGAAUUCGUGCAAUUCCUUGUCGAAAAAUGCAGAGCAGACGUAAAUCUCCUGCUUCCUGCGGGAAAUCAUGGAAGCGCACUCGCAGCUGCUGCAUUUUAUGGAAAUUUCGAAGUUGUCCGACUCCUUGUCCAGGGAUGCAAGGCCGAUUCAAAUCUGCUCCUUCAGGUCGGGGAUUUCGGCAGUACACUCGUUGCUGCUAUUGUGAGGUCGAGAGAUCUUGAAAUGAUCAAGUUCCUUAUUCAAGAAGGUAAAGCCGACAGCAAUCUUCUGGUUCAAGCGGGGGAUUAUGGAAGUCCACUUGUCGCUGCCGCAGGCUGCGGGCGUCUUGAUGUCGUGCAAUAUCUAGUGGAAGAGAGAAACGCAGAGGUCAAUCUCCCUGUUCAAGUUGGGAAGUAUGGAAGUUCCCUGGCUGCAGCUAUAUGCAGUGCACAGCUCGACAUUGUGCAAUAUCUGGUCGAAGAAGCACAUGCCGAUGUCAACCUUUCGCUUCCUGCAGGCCCGUAUGGCAGUGCGAUCGCCGCCGCCGCCAAUAUGGCCUGUUUGUACGAUAUAAUUGCAAACGGACGUUUCAUGAAGAUUCUUCAAUACUUGAUCGAGAACAGUGGCGCAGAUGUGAACUUUCUUCCAUCCAAUAGAGCAGAGUAUCUCACUCCCCUCGGCAUUGCCGUGGAGGCGGAGAACAUGCAAUUUGUCAAAUUCUUUGUGGAGGAAGUCGACGCAGACGUCAAUCUUCAAUUCCGCUGGAAAGAAUACAGGAAUGUGUUGCAAAUUGCACGGUCAAAAUUCGACAAGUCCAUUGCCGUCUAUCUGGUCAGCAAAGGUGCUGUUACGGGCGAAGAAGUUUCAGGGAUCUGA